ACAUUUUUGUUGGGGGUGUCAGUACCGAAUGGUCCAUACCACACGUGGUAAGCGUCACUCGCAAAGUGUAAAUGCAGUCACACAAACGUUUGCUUUUUGUCACUGUACCGUACACUGGCCACCUUUCUCGAACAGACACUGCGUCAAGGAUUUUUUUUUUUUCCAGUAAACAGUGAAAUUCUGCCCGUGUGGUGACCUGCAGCUGGGCCCUGUGGGAGUAUCGGGUGUCCUCACCUCCUUCUUCCCUCCUCCCUCUCCUUAUCACAGUCUUCCUCUCUUUCCAACUUACUCCAAGGGAUGGAGGGAUCUGCCCCGGAGACCCAAGGGCAAAGCGCCUGCGUCUCAAUUCGCAGUUGAAGUGAGGCGUGCUGGUGUUCUGAUGAUCAGAUUGACCUGGUUUUGAUGUUAGAAUCAGUUCCUUUUUCGGACUUUAGCACUGAGAAUAUUGUACACCUGGUACAUAUUCUCUUCCAAAUCUCUUCAUGACACUUUGACUCUUGUUUGGAUUUUAAGACACAAGACGGUGCUAGUUUAUCCCUCUACAAUGCCGGUCCGGAUCACUUGCACCAUCUCCUUUUCCGGAGAUGACGAAGACAGAGGUUAUGGCAAAAACGGUUUUGAGGAUCACUACAAAAGGGUCACCAGGGAUUACGGAGAAUCCCAGGAGUUCUUGGACGCUUGUAGUCAUACGGACACCUGCGAGGAAGAGGAGGACAGUACGGGGCAGGUGGAGGACCUGGCGACCUUCUUCAGUGGCUGCUCGCUUCACGGAGCCAACCAUGUGUUCGUGGAGAACACGAAGUUCGGCGUCCGGCAGAGUUUGUGGGCGGUGGUCUUUGUCCUGGCGCUGUCCGCCUUCUUGUUCCAAGUGGCCGACCGCGUCAUCUACUACCUCCAGUAUGACCACAUCACCAUGCUGGACGAGAAGGUGGCCAAAAACAUGACCUUCCCGGCCGUCACCUUGUGCAACUACAACUUUAUCCGCAAGUCGCAGAUAAGCAACAGCGAUCUGAUCUUCGUGGGGCCUCUGCUGGGCUUCGAGGAAGGCAUGGUGCCGGGGUUCCCGCUGGCCCCGGAGCCCGACCGCCUGCCGGGGUCUCGCUUCAGCCUGGACGAAUUCUACAACCGCACCCGGCACCGCAUCGAAGACAUUCUGCUGGAGUGCAACUUCAGAGGUUUGGAAUGUGGCCCGGAGAACUUUCGGGAGAUCUUCACACGUUAUGGAAAGUGCUACACCUUCAACUCGGGCCAGGACGGGCGGCCGCUGCUGUUGACGAUGAAGGGCGGCAUGGGUAACGGUCUGGAACUGAUGCUGGACAUCCAGCAGGACGAAUACUUGCCCGUGUGGGGAGAGACCGACGAGACGUCGUUCGAAGCCGGCAUCAAGGUUCAGAUCCACACGCAGGAGGAGCCACCGUUUAUCGAUCAGCUGGGCUUCGGGGUGGCGCCGGGCUUCCAGACCUUUGUCUCCUGCCAGGAACAACGGCUGACCUAUCUGCCGCCCCCGUGGGGAGACUGCAAGGCCACCCCGAUGGACUCGGACUUCUUCAGCACGUACAGCAUCACGGCAUGUCGCAUUGACUGCGAGACUCGCUACCUGGUGGAAAACUGCAACUGCAGGAUGGUCCACAUGCCCGGAGACGCGCCCUACUGCACUCCUGAGCAGUAUAAGGAGUGCGCAGAUCCAGCCUUGGACUUCCUCGUGGAGAGGGACAACGACUACUGCGUGUGCGAGACGCCGUGCAACUUGACGCGCUACGGGAAAGAGAUGUCGUUCGUCAAGAUCCCCAGCAAGGCGUCGGCCAAGUAUCUCGCCAAAAAGUUCAACAAGACGGAGCAGUACAUAGCGGACAACCUUCUGGUCCUGGAUAUCUUCUUUGAAGCCCUCAACUACGAGACUAUCGAACAAAAGAAGGCGUACGAGCUGGCGGGCCUCCUGGGUGACAUCGGAGGUCAGAUGGGCCUCUUCAUCGGGGCCAGCAUCCUCACCAUCCUCGAACUCUUCGAUUAUCUCUACGAGGUGAUCAAGUACAAGCUGUGCCGAUGCGUCAAGAAGAAACACAAAGGCCGCAGCAACAACGACCGGGGCACUGCGCUGAGUCUGGAUGAUGUGAAGCAUCAUGUCAGUAGACCAGAGGCUCCGUGCGACAACCUGCGCCCGCCGUCCACGUACUCGGGCAACAUGCUACCUCAUCACCCGGCCCAGGGCAACUUCGAAGACUUCACCUGCUGAGGUUUUGCGGAGAGAAGAGCGCACCCCAACACGUCCAUUUCACGCGGGACUCUCAUUUAUUCAUCCUUCUGGAGCACUGCCGGAACAGAGACCUCGACUCGGACCGUUCUUUCUCUCUCUCAUACGCACCCUU